GAUUCAUGUUGUGAUUGCGCGGGCCGUUCAAAGUGAUUCGUUAAAUGGCGGAAAACGACUUUACUUCUGAAGGGAGCUAUAAACACCAGAAGUAAAAGUGUCUCUGUGAACAUGAAACGACGAAUUGAAGCUAAGAUUAUCCAAAAGUGGUACCAGAGCUUUCUUUCUGUGUUACGCUCGCUCGAUUCUUGGAAGAAGUAGAGAUACGUCACGCGAUCGAAAAAUGAGUUCUCGUUUCAUGGGGGAAUCAAUUGAGGACUUCAAAGUGCAGGAACUUUUGGGUAAAGGUGGAUUUGCCUGUGUUUAUCGUGCUCUUUGUUUGGCCACUGGACAGGAGGUUGCCAUCAAGAUGAUUGAUAAGAAACUCAUGAAAACAUCAGGCAUGGUUGCAAGAGUUAUAAAUGAAGUGGAAAUUCACUGUCAACUGAAACAUCCUUCCAUAGUUGAGCUAUACAACUACUUUGAAGAUGCAAAUUAUGUCUACUUAAUCAUGGAAAUGUGCCACAAUGGAGAAAUCAACCGCUAUCUCAAGAAAACAAGGAGACCAGUAGGAGAAAAUGAAGCUCGUCACAUCAUGACUCAAGUCGUCAAAGGAGUGUUGUAUCUUCACACACAUGGCAUAAUUCACCGGGAUCUUACGCUUGGAAAUAUUCUUCUGACUAGAGAAAUGGAUGCAAAAAUUGGUGACUUUGGCCUUGCAGCAAGACUAACAAUGCCCAAUGAAAAGCACUAUACUAUGUGUGGAACACCAAACUACAUUUCACCUGAAAUAGCCACCAGAGGUCCUCAUGGUCUUGAGUCUGAUGUCUGGUCACUGGGGUGUAUGCUCUACACUCUGAUUGUUGGAUGUCCUCCAUUUGAUACUGAGGCUGUUAAAAGCACACUGAACAGAGUAGUCUUAGCUGACUAUGACCUGCCAUGUGAUCUUUCAUCAGAGGCCAAAGAUCUCAUCAGUCAGUUACUCAAGAAGAACCCAGGAGACAGGAUCACACUAUCAGGAAUUUUAGAUCAUCCAUUUAUGACACAAGAAAGCUUGCUGAAAUUUUCUUCAAAUAAUCAGCUGUGUCUACCAAAGCAUGUUGUAGAACAGUCAGUGGACAGUGGAACUGGAACAAUGGCUACAGUGUCUACAGGAUUGGGAAGAUCCUCAAAAUCCACUCGCAACAACAGUGAGCAUACAAAACCCACAGGAAUACAGGGAAAUCAGUGUACUGAUACUUUUGCUGACAGAUCAGAUGACUGUCUGUCCAAUAUGUGGCCUCGACAUGCCAGACACCCCCCGUCUCCACCUGUUAGACAGAGAGCGAGUCAUAGUGAAAGUACUAGUGAAAUGAAGACAAGUUCUACAACAGACCAAAUACGCGGGACGGAAAUGGCUCCUGCCUCAUCCACAGGCCUAAAACAGAGUCCGGCCUCACCUUCUUGGCUGUCUAAUAUCACUGCUUCCACCUUCAGAAGAAAAAAAUUGAAAGAGGAGUUGGAUACUAGCAAUGGUGAAAACAGGCUUAAAGCAAAAUUCAGGAACUACAAUGCCAGCAAAUAUAGCAGCUCAUAUGGACAGACCCUUGGUGACUUUCUCAAAAGUGCAGCUUAUGGGACAAACACAAGCAGCAGUGGGUUCAGCAGCAAUGAAAAAGACAUUGGUCAUCAGGAAAAGGCUCACCAAUCUAGAACCUCUGAUGUUAGCAACCAUAGUUUGUUAAAAAGGUCCUCUUCCAAUGUCAGUUCUUCAAGUCACGUGGACACUGUUCAAAAGGACAAGUAUUUUCAACAUCAGCGAAAAGGAAGUGACAGUGUCACAAAAGAUUCAGGUUUAGACUUUUCCCAUGUACAAGAUCGCUCAAGUGGGACAUCUGCAACCCAAACAGCUGCUGAACAACAUAAGAGAAACCACAGAUCUAAAUCAGUAACAUCACGAGCUAAGUCCUUGGGAGACAUUGUAGAACCUUUAAAUUCAGAGAGGCUUAGGCCAAUCAGACAGAAGAAAGGAAAUGCUGUUGUGAGCAUCACUGACAAUGGCGAAGUAUGUCUGGAGUUCUUUCAUCAUAAGCAUGGUGAAGACAAAGUAUUUGAGGUGAUUCGAGUAUCCCAAAAUGGGAUGAAGAUAUGUGUGUACCAACCCAAUGGCAAGACAGGUGUACGGCUGUCCCUACAACCUCCAUUUCCUCCCACUGGGUGUGAGUCAUUGAGUUCAUACUUGUUCUCCAAUUUACCUUCAAAAUAUUGGAAAAAGUACCAGUAUGCCACUAACUUUGUCCAUCUUGUGCGCAAAAAGACACCAAAGGUUACUAUGUACUCCAAACAUGCGAAGUGCAUGUUGAUGGAAAAUUCUCCUCAUCCAGACUUUGAGGUCUGCUUUUAUAAUGGGGCCAAAAUCCACCAAUCUCAUCAAUGCACUCGGAUCAUAGAGCCUGGAGGAGUAUCAUACACUUUAGAGUCUGUGGGUGGUGCGGAAGGUGCUACACAGGAGAUGAAACCACUGUUGGAACAUGCUCAGAAAUGUUAUCAGCAAUGUGUUCAUUUAGAGAGAGUGAUGAGCAAAGAAGAGUUGGACAGCAAUGAGGGACAAUACUUUCCCUUCAUUGUGUGCCGUAGGCCACCAGCGUCCAGAAAGCCACCAAAGGAGAGUGAUGUUCAUUCUGAAGAUCACAAUUCUACUAGACCUCCCGAUUCCAUUGAAAAUGCUGCUGUGACAUCUCCUAGCACCAUCGCACCAGUGUCCACAUCUCUGAUGUCAUUUGAUGGCACCAUUGCCAGUGUCAUCAAUAAUUCAAGACACUCUACAGCUGGGUGUAAUACAAAAGUUGACAACAGAACAGUACCUUGUGUGAGUGAAUCACAGAGGGUCUCCAAAUCUCAGUGUGGACAAGAAGCAAGAAACCAACAAAGUGAGCUGAUAGACAAGCAAGUGUUGAGGCAGGACUCGACAUCACAAGUCAUCAAAAGUGUAUUUGUUCAAGGAGUUGGCUGGGCAUCACAGUUAUCCAGUGGGGAAGUUUGGGUGCAGUAUAAUGAUGGUUCCCAAAUGAUCAUUCAGUCAUCUGUAACAAGUAUCAAAUACACAGAUAGUAAUGGAACAAUAACAAGGUACAGUCAUGCAGACAGAUUACCAGAACCAAUCAAGGAAAAGCUUUGCCACCUGCCAGUCAUUAUUGAGAAUCUUGCUACUUCACCCAAGAUAUCAGAGAGUACUAGAUAACAUGUUAAUGAAAAUGAAGCUAGACAGUUCUACAACAAAACAAAAAAUCGUGAUGUACAGUUGGCAAAUUCUACAGAACAGGUCUUAUUUAUUUAUCCUUCAUGUUGGAUUUUGUCCAUAUAAAAAAAAAAAUUGUAAAGAUCAGUGAUUUAGUAUGUUUAUUAUUAGUUGGAACUGACCAACAAGACUUGUCAAACAUUAAAUAUUUUAAAUGUAAAGUAAUUUUGAUUUUUUGCCCUAGCAUCUCAUACAAAACUAAAGAUUUUGGUCCUUGCAAGAUGAUUUUCCUAAGUAGUUGUGUAGGAGACUGGAUGAGAUGGGUUGACAAUCAAGUUUUAAGAAUUUUUUUUCUGUUUUAAUCAAUUAUUAAAUCAUUAUGUUAAUCUUUAUCUCUAACCUUUUCAAUGUCUUUUUUUUUUUCAACUAGAAAUUUUCAUGUUUUUUUUUUUUUUUUUCGGGCAAAAACUUUGCUAGAGAGAAGCCCAACUUGAUGUAAAUCUAUUAGUUUUGAUGUACAAUUAGUGUAACUUUCCAGAAGGAAAAUGUCUUGAUUGCAUUUACAUUAAAUGUAUUAAAUGAA